AUGCCCUUUGUAUCCCUUGGUCUGGCCCAUGCAGAAGCCCCAGGUACUGAUGCUCCUUGGUGUUCUACCCACCCCAAAGCAGGAACAGGAGGUAGGACCGUACAGUUGGAAAAGAUAGGUGCUUUGCCAGAGGCUCCAUCUCAAACCAACCAAUGCAAGGGCUCAACAUCGCUCAGUUCUAACAUCCCUAUCAACCCUCAGGCUCCAGAACCGACUCGCAGUCGCAAGGGCCAAAAAAUUGUUCAAAGGAAUAUUCCUAAGAAGUUCUCGAAGAAUACUGUUAUUGGCCAUACUGCAGCCCGUUCGGUAGCACCACCAACUACCGGCUUCUCAGAUCAGAUGCUGGACCCAGCGCUGCGUGAUACCAACAGGGCUGAGUUUCAAUUGACCGGAGUACAUAGCGGCACUGACGAAGAAGACAGGGAGGAUGAUGGAGACAAAGACAACGAAGACGAUGAAGACGAUGGAGAUGACCCAGGAGACGACCCAAACGAUGGAGAUGAGGAGAAUGUGGGCCCAGAGGAAGAGAUGAGAGAGCAGGAGAUUGGUUGGGGGGAGGGAAGAGCCCCCUUCGUGUACCCCCUCCCUCCAAGUCGCUGUCUUAUGCCUGACUUCAAAUUUAUAUUCUCCCACGAUGAAGACGACAUGGGAGCCCAGGGCCUUCUGGAUAGUGUGCGAGGAGUGCAACAGAUACAAGACGCUGAGGAUGUCUUGAGGCGUCACCACGAUAAAAAUGGGCAGCCCCGACUGCCUGACCCUGACACCUUGGAGCUCCUGCAUCAAGUAACAGAAUCCGACAAGCUGACUCAGUGUUCCAGAAUCAGAAGAUCAGAUGAACCCAAGGACGGACCAAAGCCUACUCAACUUGCCUGGUACGGACCGCGAUGGAAAACCUUCCUCGAGGACGCUAAAGGGGAAUGUCGCACUGAACAUGCAUUGGAGAAUCCAUUUCCGACCCUAGUCCAAGAUCUACCAGUGGUUCUGGUUGUGGUUUUGGUCGCAUGGGACCAGGAUGGUAAACAGUUCGAGGCUGGGAUUUGGCCAGAGCAAAAACCUAACAUGGCUCGGCUGUUGUAUGAUGACCUUGCCACUUGGCGAUCUGACUUGAAAAAGUGUGCUAUAAGCAUUGCACCUAUACAAUACUCACUCAUCCCCCCGCCUUCUAUUCCUGCUCAACAGCAUGCAGGGUGGAUCGAAACGGCUGCUGUUGCAUUACUUGCGAAUUCACUCUUCUUACGUCAUGGAGUUGAUAAUAUGGAGUAUGGCCCCAUUUACUGCAAAAUGCUCAACUUGCUGAAGGAUAUCUUGAAGGAUCAUUACCACGGCCCUAUCCUGUUAGCGCAGCUCUGGGAAUGGGCCCAAGUGGGGUGGACUGAGAUUUCAAAGGUUGAUGGAGCUGUAGAGUCGAGACACGACCUCCUCCAGAUUAUUCUUGAUUGA